GCGACGCGGCGCUGAUGUUGCACGCUACCUAUCGAGAGAGUGUUCACUUCACGCUGGGAAUCGGUGCCACUUGUUUGCGAUCCAACCGGUCGUCUCACCUUGUCUUUCUGGCUUCCAACCAAGCUCUCACUCGGCUCCUUGUCAGGUGUCUCCUUCAACACAGAAGAGAUGUAACUCUGACAACUCAUGUCGGAUUCAGCAGGAGAUAUUAUCUUCAUAUUAUCUUUCGUUUUUUAAAUCUUUUUGUGACAUUCCACAUUUCCACGGAAGAUAAGCAAUCGAGCGAUGUUGCAAGCAGUUCCUAGCACCGGGAGUUUUUGCUAUUCAUGAAUUGCUUGAGGCUUGAGCGGGAUCGAGACAUCUGGACCCUGGAAUACUUCAUCAAGUUUUUGGAAUACGAAUUGCAUUUCAACAGGGGUUCAAGGGAUUAUUAAUCAUAUCAACUGCGAGAUAAUAUGCAUAUGAAUCAAAAUCAUUUAGUGUUGAAUGUUGAUGUAGUGACUUCUUAAGUAUUGGUAAUUAUGUGCCACUGAUGCCCAUAUUGCGCCAUUUGAUACUAUUUGAAGUUUAUUUUUUAUAAUCACGGAAGGACGUCAUUUUGGAAGAGAAGGGAACAAUUAAACAUGUGUUGUGACUGUGUGUGCCGCUUGACCAAAGAUUGCCACGCCGAAAUGGCCGAUAACCAGGACAACAGCAACGACUCUAGACGAUCCAGUCAAAAUUUUCCCGCCAGAGGAUAUAGCAGACGACACAUUUCGCUGCUGUCUGCCUGUCUCCUAGCGAUCGCUUAUAUCCUUGCCUGCCUGCCCUACCCGGCUGAGGCCAUUGGGCAGAUUCGGUGGGAGUACCACGAUUAUGCCAUGUUACAUCAAGAAUUGGAUGACUUUCGCUUGCGUUGGCCCCAACUGAGCAGAGUGUACACUAUCGGAACCAGCGUAAAAGGGCGGGAGAUGUAUGUGUUGGAAAUUAGUGAUAAUCCCGGAGUCCACGAAGUCGGAGAACCAGAGAUGAAGUACAUUGCAAACAUGCAUGGUAACGAGCCAAUCGGUCGAGAACUACUCAUCCACUUUGCCGAAUUCCUCUGUAUACAAUACUACAAAAAGGACUUCCGAAUACAACGACUGGUCAAUGAGACUAGGUUACAUAUCUUAUUUUCGAUGAAUCCAGACGGCUUUCAGGAAGCCUACGAGCUCUUCAAUUCAUCUCAGGGACUCUCCUUGCCGUACUAUGGACGGUCGAAUGCGAAUGGAGAGGACCUCAACAGAAACUUCCCCAACCUCAACAACAUGGCGUACGAGAGCGAGCGUUUGAGCGGCAAAAAUCACCACUUUAUUCCACUCAAGUCAGAUCUCUUAAAGCUCCAACCAGAGACAGCCAAUGUCCUACGAUGGCUAAGCGACUACCCCUUUGUGCUAUCAGCCAACCUCCACGAGGGUGAGAUGGUAGCCAACUACCCGUAUGAUACCAGCAGGAGCAGGAGAAGCUUCUACACCGCCAGUCCUGAUGAUGCCGUCUUCAAGCACUUGGCACAGACUUACGCAACCAAACAUGCCUUCAUGAGCACCAGGACCGAACCGUGCCCCUACACGGGUGCAGAGGUCUUCGCAGGGGGCAUCACGAACGGAGCGGAUUGGUACUCGAUCAGGGGAGGUAUGCAGGAUUAUAACUACCUGGCAACCAAUUGUUUUGAGAUCACGGUAGAGAUCGGAUGUCUGAAGUUUCCCCCAGCGAACAGGCUAUCAAGGAUCUGGGAUGACAACAAAGAGGCACUCAUCGGAUUCAUGGAAAGGGUACACAUAGGUAUCAAAGGGAGGGUAACCGACACCAAGGAACAGCCGAUUCCAGAUGCCAUUGUCAAAGUCACCGGACCAGCCAUAAAUCAUGACAUCACAACAGCUAUUGACGGUGAUUUCUGGCGUCUCCUGAUGCCCGGUCUCUACACCAUCACCGCCACAGCUCCAGGGUACGAGCCCCAGAGCCGCGUUGCUACGGUCAAGCGAAACAGGUCAACUUGGAUGACCUUUACCCUUCACAAAGAAGAACCCAAACCGGAGUGCAUCGAGGAGGAGGAGGACGAACUGGACAAUGCCAACAUUCUCUUCGAGAUCAAAGAAGCCUUUAGAGACAUGGGUUACGCCAAGAAGAAAGGAUGCGGAUCAGAACCUCCAAGAGAGCAGGUCAACAGAGGGCCGCUUCUUGCAACGCCUUGAGAAGAAGAAAAAAAAAACACUGACUUGAAAUUCAGUGAAUGGGACUAUGUUAUAAAAUGUAUAUCGAUAUUUUUAUAUUGAAGGUGAAAUGACAAAUUAAGCAUAUUAAUAAUCAUGAUAAUGUGAUUUACGUACUGGAGUUUGUUCUCCUUUAGCAGUAUUAUCUCCAUCCAUUAGAGUUUAUUUCCGUGUAACUUU